AUGCGUUUUGUUAUCCCUGCCCUUGCCAGCAUUGGCCUUGUCAGCGCUGGUGUCGCUGAGCAUGCUAAGAGAGAUGACAGCUGGGGUGGCAGUGUCUCUCUUGGUCCCUCCAAGUCGACUAUUGUCAACGCUGUCACCACUAUUAUCCCCGGUGCUGCUCCUUCCACUCAAAAUGGAGAGCUUUUCUUGUGGCCUGGUAUGUCCAACGGAACCGGCGACCUCGUCCAGACCACCCUUGAGAGCUGGCCCAGCAACUCCUGGUGCGGAGCCACCACUGGUCAGUGGUGUGUGCGCGCCAGUGUUUUCGGAAGCUUUGGACAGCUUGAUGGUGAUGGCUCCGCUGUCAGCGGCGACGACCACGUCCGUAUCGAGUACAACCUGGAGUCCGAUGGACAAACCUGGAAGCAGACUGUCACUAACGCUGUGACCGGUGCUCUUCUCUCGACCUACUCUCGCGCCUCGGGUCCCUACAUGACCGGAUAUGGUACUGGUACCGAGUGUGAUGAUAGCUGCUCUGGUACUAUUGCUGCUCAGAAGUACCUGAACACUACUAUUACCCUUGCGGGUGCUGAUACCACUUUCGGUAAUACUAUUGCUAAGGCCGGUGGUGCUACUUACUCCGGACUUAGUUCCAGCCAGGGUGGCAAGGUCUGGACCAUUACCCAGAUCGAUAUCCCUGCCAUGGAUUAA